CCUUCGCCGUUAGCAAACACUCCAGCAGCCUGUGAAUAACAACACCACACCCCUGGCCGAUAGGCAAGAUAUACACAGGGUAUAUAUGUACAGACCCUGAGAGGCGGAAAGAGAAAGUUCAGCCUUCAGAUUGCGGAGAGAGAGAAAUCAGCUCUGCUGUCAAAACCAGAGAAGAGAGAGGCGCAGUGAGUCGCUAAAGAGCCGACAUGCCAAAGCGGAGCAAAGGGAAGAAGCACUCAGAGCCGGGCAAGGGCUCUAAACAGCAAUGCAAGCCUGCAGACAAGAAGCCAUCAGAAGGAUCAGAGAAAAAACCUGCUGCCGGUGUCAGUGGUAAUGCAGGGGCCCAAGCAAGUGGAAGCAGCAAGACUCCAGCUCCUUCAGGAAAAACUAUGAACCCAGUGGAUACACAGGCUAAACAAACACCCAAGACUGAAGCAGCUAAAUCUACACAACCAACAAAGCCAAAAGGAGCAACAGCAGGCCCAGCAGCAGCAACCAAACCAACAGCAGCACCUUCAGCAGCAUUAGCCAAAACAACAGCAGCACCUUCAGCAGUGCCAGCAGCAGCAACCAAACCAACAGCAGCGCCUUCCACAGCCCCAGUAGCAGUGACCAAACCAACAGAAAUAAAGCCAAGUGCAGGGAAAUCACCUCCCAAACAAGACACAAAGCCUACCCCUGGAAAGCAGAAACCAGACAGCAAGAGUAAAGAGGAAAAGAAAAGUGAUGAUAAAGCUACAGCACCCGUGCAACCACCUAAGGUUACCCCAAGUUCUGCUGGUAAAGUAUCUGCUGUUGCCACUGGAUUUGUAGCAGCUGCUGGUGCGACCGCUGCAGUCACUGCUGUACAAUCAACAAAGCAGAAAGAUGAGAGUAAAGAGGAAAAGAAAGCCGUUAUUGGGGAUAAAGUAUCUUCAGCUGCAUCACCAGCCAAGACAGGCGCAGAUACAGCUUUGGAUGAACUGCUUGACACAUUAGGAAGCCCAGCAGAUAUUCCAGAGUCUCCAAAGUUCACUGGACCCGAAAUCCAGGACACAGUUGUUACAUCUGAGUAUGUAGAGGAACUGGGAAAAAGGGAUCACACCAUCCCACCUAAUUAUAGGAAACUGCUGGAUGGAAAAGGUGAAAAGAUGGCACCACCUACCCCACCCCUGGUAGCCGAAGCGAGCAUGGAUGAUGAUGACUUAGUUGCAGCCCUGUCUUCUGGUUUCAAGAGCAGCCAGACAUGCCCCGAGGUAAAGAAACCACUAGAAGAGAAACUGGAAGAGAAACCAAAAUCAGCAGCAACAGUGGCAACACAGCCAGAUUUACAGGUAAUAAUAAAGAAAAAAGAUGUAAAAGCCACUGCAGCAGAAACUUCCAAAGCAAGCAUCCAGAAAAAAGAGGUAAAAGCCACAGCUGCAGAAGCUUCCAAACAAAGUACCCAGGCCAUACCAUCAGAUGCGAUAGAUGAAUUGUUGGGAACACUAGAGGGACCCCCAGCAAAUGUUCCAGAAUCUCCUGUGUUUGAGGGUCCAGAAGUUACUGAGACCAUUAAAUCAACAUACUUGGAAGAACUUGGAAAAAGAGAUCAUACAAUCCCUCCAGAAUACAGAAACUUAUUAGAUGGGAAGGAUCAUGAGAAAGCUGUACAGCCUUCAGCACCAGUUGAACCAGAACCGACCAUGACCGACGCAGACCUUGUAGACGAGUUUUCCAAAGACUUUGAGCUUUCAUGUUCUCCUACUGUUCAGACCACGCCGGCAGUCAAACCCAAAGGAACUCCUCAAGAUAACAAAGCAAAACCUGAAGUUGUUGUGGCGUCCUCCACGUCUACAGUAAAAGCAGCGGCAGCACCCUCUGCUGGCAUGGACAGUGCAUUAGAUGAUUUAUUGGGAACACUGGAAGGUCCUGAUCUAACAGUCCCAGAAUCGCCUGUGUACUCUGGACCAGAAGUGACCGAAACCAGCACAGCAGUAUAUCGAGAGGAACUUGGGAAGAGAGACGACAGCAUCCCUCCAGCAUACAGGCACUUGCUAGAUGGCAAAGAAGAUGGAAAAGUUGCACCCCCGCCACCACCAGAGGAAGAGCCCCUGACUGAUGAUCAGCUUCUUGAUGAGUUUUCUAUGGACUUUUCCUGUUCUAAAUCUCCUGCAAAAGAACAAGCUCAGCCCGUCGAACCUAAAGUUUCCUCGAAAGAAAAAAAGGCAGAAGCUGAAGUUGUCGCUGCCUCCUCUGCUGCUGUUAAAGCUGCACCCGCUCCCUAUAAAGCCCCCGCACAAGCACCUUCAGCUGAUCCACUCGAUGCCCUGGCUGGUACCUUAGGUGUUCGAAAGGAAGACCCAAGUGACAAGAAGCCUGCAGUGGAUAAAGUAAAGGAGGGAACGCCAGGUAAAGAGAAAAAGGAAAAGCUUGGAGAAGAUGAAAGAACAAUACAUCCUGACCGCCGGCUAAAGGAAGUGAAGGAUAAAGACGGAAAGCCCUUGCUGCCAAAACCCGAAGAAAGCCCUAAGCCAAUGAAUGAGGCCGAGCUGCUGGAUGCCUUGACCGAAGGCUUUGUGACUUCUCCUGCCACCCCUGUUGCACCACUGCAAUCCUCUCCGAAAAAAGGCUCUGGAUCAGAUGUUGUAUCUUGUUCUAAAGCUUCUACAGUCAAGUCUGGAGCUCCACAGCCCACUACUUCUGAUAUACAGAUUCCCGACGAUGCACUAGAUUUACUUUCUGGCUCCCUGGGACAAAGAGAGGUGGAUCCUGAUGAAAACAAACCUGUGGUGGAUGUAGUUAAGGAAAAAGCCAAAGCUGAGCAUAUAGAUAGACUGGGGGACAGAGAUGACACAAUCCCACCAGAAUACAGAAAUCUGCUGGAUGGUAAAGAUAAGGGUCAAGGUGCAAAACCAACAGUGAAAGAGGAGGAUAAACCAAAGAAAUCCUUAAGCGGUGAUGCAGCAAUCGACGCACUUUCAAGCGGAUUUGCAUCAUGUGACACUAAAUCUACCGAAAAAACAAAGCAGCCUUCAACGGACAAGAACGAGAAACCAUCUGCUAGUGCUCCAGUGUCACAGACUUCAGGAAAGCAACCUGAUGCUGCAAAGCAGGCAAGCUCAGCGAAACCAAGUGUGCCAAAGGCUGGUAAAAGCUAGACCUAUAGCCAAUGUACAAUUUUUUCUUUGCACUUGAGAAGAAGAAAGCUGGCGCAGCCUGUAGAUUUGGCGGGUGCUGGCUCUGACCUGGAUUUGCACCCUAUAACAGACUUUUGGAAGUGCUUUUUACGCAUCAAACUCUAUUUUUGGUUUUCUUUAUUUCUUCAAAGGGGAAACGCUUUUAUAUUUGUGAUAAGAUGUAAAUCACUAUGAAUGAGGCGUGUCUGUGGCAGAAUAAAGCUGCAUCCUUUGCACACUCUUCCUCUGGUAUAAAUACUGCAGCUUCAAGGGUAACUAAGAACUGUGUUAUUCUUACAAUAUUCUCUGGUGUCAGUGUUAAUUAUUGUAUUCUACUUUGGUGUAAAAUAGGAACACUUUCUCUUGUAUUAAUGUUUUGCAGAUAUAGAAGUUAUAAAAGUUACAUGGCAGGGGUAAAAGGGGAAAUUGACAUUAAAAUUAAUUCUCAGUAGUUUAACAAAGUUACCUUUUUAUUAACGCAGUUUUUAGAAACUGUUCAAUAGUUAAUGCUCUGUUGCUGUCGGCUUGAGCACGGGCAGUGGUUGGGAUGACAUACUAGUAUGAUCAAAAAUACAAAUUCAAGCCUUUUUGUGUUUCUCUGCUUGGUGCUCCAGCAACUCGAAAAUCACUUUAUAUUUUUUGGCUGUCAAAGAGUGCAAAAAGUGAGUAAAUACAAACUGUCCAUAUUAAAUUUUUCUUUUAAGGAUAACUUCCCCUUUAGGGCAGAGACACACGGUCAGAUUCGGGGAGAUUAGUCACCCUGCGACAAAUCUUCUCUUCGGGCGACUAAUUUCACCGAACUGCCUUCCCGCAGGCUAGAAUGAAAAUCGCCGGUGGGAUGAUGCUUUGUUUUCCGCAGUCGCCCGCAGUUCUAGCGGCGGGAAGGAAGUUCAAGGAGAUUAGUCGCCCCGAAGAAGAGGAAAUUUGUCGCCGGGCGACUAAUCUCCCCAAAUCUCCACGUGUGUCUCUGCCCUUCAAGCCUCCAGUUGCUGCUGAAAUCCUCCUCAUCCCUCAGGCUAGUGGUAAUGAGAGGGGGCAUUUCUGCUCUGUAUGAGUGACAGUUUGAGUGGCUGCAGAACUUUGGCUCUAAAUGAAAUGUUUACAUGAACAGUGCCUUGUAAUAAUCUGAAUAAUGUAAUAAAGCCGUUCUUGGUGGGCUCCGAUACACCUUCCUGAAGUAAAGAGCCGUAUCUCUGUCCCUUCAGACCAGCUCUCAUUCCUUAUAACAACCAGUCAAACAUUUAGAUGCUUUUAGAUGAAUAGUAAAUGCUGAUUGGUGACUGUACUUUACUAGACCUGGUGAAAACCUAUCGACUUGUUACCUACACCGAUUAUAAUAUCAGUACCAUUUAACCCUUUGAGGGCUGGCUGUGACCAGCAGCAACUGUUUUUAUGGUGGGGGGGGAUAUUGAACCCAGACACACAGAAUUGUGGGGCUGGUACUUGAAUGUCAGCUCUGUCGGUUAUACAGCACUUAAAGGUUGAAAUCAGAGCAGCAGGCUCACAGGCAGAUGAAGGGGUGCAUGUUGCUCACCCAUUACUGAUACAAAACAAUACAAAGAAAGAAUGAGUUGACACAACUGUGAUACAAAGGGCUCUAUUGUUAUAAACUGCAACUGUGGAACACUAUGGAAAAUAAACAUGUUAAUGUCAA